GUGACGUCGAUUGACCUUGCCUACCGCCAACGUCAUGGACUUUUGGGCCAGAUUGAUUGGCGGCGGCAAGGCCCAGCAGAAGAGAGCUUCGGCAAACGAUAGCUCUCAGCACCGACUGGCAAGAUUCAAGAAAGCUUAUGCGCAGCUCUUGCAAUUAUGGCGACUCCUUCCAGCCUCUGUGUCGGCCGAUCCAACCGUUCUGGACAAUAUUCAAAUCAAUCUGCAACGCAUGACCAAUCUCCUACAGGAAGAGGCACGGGCUGCUGCACCACAUCUGUGCCAUUCCUACGCCUCCGCUUCACGAAUAUAUGCUACUGUUCCACGGGUAGUGGCGAGCGCGUCUGACGUUAAUAUUUCUCGCGAAGCUCUCCUCAUGUUUACGGCACUUGUCGAGAGUGAAGAUGAAGACUUCAUUAGCAGCGGAGAAUUUGCACAAAGUGUCAUGGAAUUUGUCGGCCGGGUGGGCGGUCCGACAACGGUGGUGCUGAAUGCAGAUGUUGAAAGUGAGCUAGUUGAGAUGCUCUUCGGUAUUUCCGCCAAAAUUCGUUCUCAGCCGGAUAUACUCCCCGUGUGGUUUGCGGCCGGGUUGAAUGGCGAACGCAGCACAACCCGAAACGAGGCAACCAUACGACCUUCGAAACAACACACAGAUGGGUUCCCAUUAUUUUAUCUCCUCAUGGAUUAUGUGCAUCAUGAUGGGCGAGUCGGCGAUUUUGCUCGUACUGGCUUGUUGUACAUUAUUGAGGCGGCAUCACGCUCUGAGGAGCUAGAGCAUUGGAUCGUAGAAAGCGAUCUUGCCACGUUAAUGGCAAGUGGACUAGGUGCGCUCUAUAGCCAAUUGAGCCGUAAACUCAUCCUUUCGUAUUCAAAGGAAGAACCACCAGCUAUACUUGCACUGUCGGAUUUUUCAAAACCUAGCACGAUAUUGGGAGCAGAAUUCUCAAUGUCUGCCAGCUUUCAAAUGCACAUGGAUACAUUUCUAUCAUAUCUAGUAUUCUGGCAAGACGUGCUCGAGCAUUGCAGCUCAGCCGAGAUUAACCAAACGCUUUUAGAUCAUUUCCAAGUUCUUUUCUUGCAGCAAUUAUUAUACCCCUCUCUCCUUGAAUCUUCUGAUAUCGACGGUGGCUCUGUCGCCGUUCUCACCUACCUCAGGCGCAUUCUUGACUCAUUGGACAAUCCGGACCUUGUCCAACUAAUAUUACGUUAUCUCCUUGCUCUUCCGGAGAAUCUACCUACAAGUACACCACCAGGGAGACCAACGCUCGCGGCUCGCCAAGCAUCCAUUGAUGCUUUAACUCACCUUGCCCAUCUUGAAGAUAAGACAACGCCGUCUCUGUUCAACCUUGUAGAUCUUAUCCUCGAAAGCAUACAAUCAAAGAAUAGCCAAACCGUCGCCACUACCCUUAAUCUCGUAUCUGUCAUAUUACGAAAGCAUCAUCAAUAUGCCGUGUCUACCCUGGUGCAGACAUCUGUAGUUCCGUCUGGCUCUCCUCUUCGCACUCUCGGCGGCCACGAAAAGGAGAUGAGCAUCUUUUUCCAGAUGGUUGAGGACAUUGGUUACGAUGAUAACCUCGACAUUUCCUACCAGAAUCACUUAAAAGACAAUCUCAAUAUUCUCGAAUCCCACCCAUGCUCAGCGCCGCGACUUGCCCUUAAAGACAACGGGGAUCUCAACGCUCGACAGGAAUCUAUAUUGGCAUCGAUCCCGAAAGAUUCGCGGCCACACGCGCUUCGGCUUGAAGAUCCUUUACUCAAGCAAAUUUUACAACUUUUCACUACCUUUUAUGCCAACGACGUUGAGACUAACCUAAGUUUGACUGAGGUAAUUGUCAACCUUGCAUCAUGCAGCCAUUUGCGAAUGGAUGGCUGGCUCCUUGUUGACCCUUUACAUUACAUCUUCCCGGACUCGCCCGAGGACGAGACUGCUCCUGAUGCUGGAGAUCUUUCUCCAGAUUCCACUGUCGAGGAUCAGCUAGGCGCCAUGCACCUUGCUAGUCGUCAACCUACAUGGGCAGCGGACCAUAGUCCUCCCGUUUUAGCUAUCCUUCAGUCCCUGGUCGAACAACUCAAAAUCCAUCGUCAGGAAAUAUCCCAUUUUGACAUUCAUCUCUCCGAACGCAAACGCGCCUUCCAAGUUAGCGAUGAACUGACCGAAGCCUUAUCAUCUAUUCCUUCGCCCCCUCGACCAAAACCCACUUCGCCGUCGUCUCCAAGUCCAUCUACCUCAUUCCGCCCAGAAUCACCCACUCCAACAACCACAACAGCCUCUUCUCGUGGAUUCACCCCAGUAGGAACAAAGCGCGUCCCCACAAUAGAAACAAUCUCUCAGCGCAUGCGCUCAGACGAAGCCCUCUCCCUUUCGAGAUCAAACUCUCCACGUGGGCGCCCUCGCAUCGUCGGCUCCUCGGUUCUCCCUUCGCCUUCUCCAGCAAGUGGUCGACAAGUACCGGCUGCUCCUGUCGCUGCUCAUCAAAGCAGCCUCAUGGGCUCCCCUUCACUUUCGGCGCCGCGACGCCCAAGGGACUUUUCUCCAUCGCCUUUGCGAGAUACUUUACUCUCGCCUUCAUCUGCCCAGCAUCAUAGUCACCACCCACGGGAUCGCGAUCGGGACCGGGGCCGGCCACAUCCCCCCAGUCAGGGACAGGGACAGGGUCAAGACAUUAAAAGAGACCCUGGUCUUGGACCCGUGUCUUCAUCCUCAAUGUCUCCUCGUAGCAGCCAUUCGUUUUCGUCCUCUUCUACAGCAUUUGACCAGUCUUUGCUCAAGCGCACGAUCAAAGUCCCUGGCCAUCAGCCAGCUUCUUCUUCUUCGGAGUUCUCUCCUUCUUCUUCUCCUAGUAAAGUCGAGACGGAGGCGCAGGCUGAUAUUGAUACUGAGCCGUCACUAUCGUCACUACCACAGACAUCUACACCACUCGUCGAAAUCACGCUCAACCACUUCCUCACCAACGUCGUCAUCCUUCAAGAAUUCAUUCUCGAACUUGCCGCCCUCGUGCAAGUCCGGACGAGUCUCUUUGACGACGAGAUCCGCUUCAUGUAGUUUCUUCUUCUCCUCUUUUCUCCUUUACCUUUCCCCUCUUCAUCUCCCUCUUCAUCUUCCUCUUCAUCCAUUUCGUCCUUUUCAUCAUUAUCAUCACCAUCAUCAUCAUCUUAUUCUUCGCUGUUAUUAUAACCUAUACAUUUCACGGUUUUCCUUCCCCUCGAGUAUAUGUUUCAAACCUGUUUCAAUCAACGAUGUCGUUCACCCGGAAAAUGGUCAUGCUUCAUUUAUUUUCUUCCUUUUUUCCCCCCUCUUCUCUCCAUAGUCUCAUGUACUUACUAUCUACAUAAAAUUCUUUUUAUCUGAUGCGGCAGCGACUACUGGUCCUGGUCGCAUUCCAAGAGAG